UGUUUUAGUUACCUGCCGCCGUGAACAUGGCUCAUCCCCAGAUCCUGUUGGCCCUGCUGGCCUUGCUCCUGUCGGUGGUGGUGUCGGUUAAUGGAUCCCUCCGCCGCAUCCCUAUUCAGAGAUCCCCGAAUUUCAAGCGCACCCGGGCGGCGGCCAAGGCGGAAAUGUUCUACAUUGCCAGGAAGUACAAUCUUAAUGUCGCCACCAAUAGCUCCGCUGUGGAGAAGCUCUCCAACUACGACAACUUCCAGUACUACGGAAACAUCAGCAUUGGCACUCCCGGCCAGAACUUCCAGGUACAGUUCGACACGGGCUCCUCGAACCUAUGGAUCCCCAGCUCUCAGUGCACGAGCACAUCCUGCAUGGUCCACACCCGGUACUCCAGCUACCAGUCCAGCACCUACAAGAGCAACGGCUCCAUCUUCAACAUCACCUACGGCACGGGCAGUGUCUCCGGCUUCAUGUCCCAGGACGUGGUGUCGGUGGCGGGCCUGGUGAUCCGCAACCAGACCUUCGGUGAGGUGACCUCUGAGUCGGGUACCAACUUCUUGAAUGCCAGUUUCGAUGGAAUCCUGGGCUUGGCCUUCCCCAUGCUGGCGGUCAACCUGGUGACUCCAUUCUUCCAGAAUCUGAUUAGCCAGAAUGUGGUAAAGCAGCCGGUGUUCUCAUUCUACUUGAGGAAUAAUGGCACAACCCUGAACUACGGUGGUGAGCUGAUCCUGGGAGGAUCGGACCCGAAACUGUAUCGUGGCGCACUGACCUACGUCCCGGUCAGCUAUCCCGCCUACUGGCAGUUCUACACGGACUCCAUCCAGAUGGGCAACACUCUGAUCAGCAUGGGAGAUGCCGCCAUCGCGGACACGGGCACUUCCCUCCUGGUGGCACCCCAGGCGGAGUACACCCAGAUCGCCAAGAUAUUCAGCGCCGAUUCCGAGGGAGUCUUUCCCUGCGGCAAGAUCAACAAGUGGCCCACGAUGUGGAUCAAGAUCAGCGGUGUAUCCUUCCAGAUCACGCCUGAGUACUAUCUCAUCCAGGAGGGAUACUACUGCGCCCUGGCCAUCCAGCCUGCCGAUCAGGACUUCUGGAUCAUGGGCGAUGUCUUCCUGGGACGCUACUACACGGAGUUCGAUGUGGGCAACCAGCGAUUGGGCUUCGCUCCCGUGAAUGCCGCCAAUACCCUUAGCCAGUCGGGUGUACUGGGCUUACUGAUGGUCCUUGCCGUCUAUAAGAUAUUCUUCCACUAACCUUACUAUACCUCCAACUAUAUAAUAGCUACCAAUUUUUUUUUUAUUUUUUUUCCCCUGAAAUGUAAAACCGUAAACCGUUUUAUUUAAUAAAUAAUUCCCUUUUAAA